AUGCUAAGAUCUAAUAUAUUUUUCUUAAUUUUUUUCCUUUUCCUUUUUUUUGCUAUAGAUUGUACUAAUAAAAAAUUUUCGAAAAUCUAUAUAAACAAAAAUUUUGAAAAAAAAAUUACUAAAAGAAAUAAAUGUUUUUUUUUUUUUUUAAAAAUAAAGAGUACUAUUUUUAAGAAAAAAUUUUAUAAUAAUAAGAAAAAUUCUUUAAAAGCUCGUAAAAUAGAUCAGAAAAAAUUAAAAAGAAUAAAGAAUUAUCAAUAUGCAAUGAAACAUAUGUAUGACAAAAAUGGAAAAAGAAUAAAACAGAUUAAUAAAGAAAGAAAAUCUUUAAAAAAAAAAAAAUUAUUUGAUUAUGAAGGAUUUAAAGUAGAUAAAAUUUUUACUUGCUUAAGUGAAGAAGAUAUGAAAGAAUUAAGGGAUGAAGAAUUAAAAAGAAAAUCAGGAGAAAUUUUGCAUAAUAAUAAAUAUAUAGAUAAUUACGGAGUAGAGUCAGAAAGUGAUAUAAAUGAAAUAUAG